AUGGCUCACAGAGCGUUUGUUCAGGUGAUAAUAACGGGUGCCCAAGUUUUUGGUAAGGCUUUCGCUGAAGCGUAUAGACAAGCAGCUGCACAAUCUGUUAAGCAAGGUGCCACCACUACGGCAAGAGGACGUUCAGGGAAAUCAGAGUAUGGUGGUAUAACACUGGAUGAAAGUUGUAAAAUCCUAAAUGUUGAAGACGGUAAGAAUCUAAGUCCCGAAAAGGUUAAUGAAAGAUUCCAAUAUCUUUUUGAUAUUAAUGAUAAAGAGAAAGGUGGAAGUUUUUACCUACAGAGUAAGAUCUAUAGAGCUUCUGAAAGGUUAAAAUGGGAACUGGCACAACGAGAAAAGGAAGCAAAUCCACCACCACCACCUCCUCCGCCGGCUGGUCAGGCAUCAGAACAGCAACAGCCGAAAGCAUGA